UAAGAUGACCAUGGUGAUUUGAUAAGGCUGACAGUCAGGAUUUAAAGCCCUUAGGGUUAUGUCCAUGUUCAGUGCUAUACAACAUUUGAGUUGAAAACAGUGAACUCUGUAUAUCCUUAGCAAAGUGCUGGAUGAGCAGAUUUCCUUAACUAAGACUCAGAACAAGCUUUUUCCAGGCGCUGUUGCAGUACAUAUCACAUUUGUCACUGUCCUCAAGGCCUUUAUUCAGUCACUUCUCACUGGAGUUCAUCACCACCUUUGGUGCUGCAGGAAGAACUGAUACCCUGAGUCACAAAUCUCACAGGAGCACAUGGAGGGUUUUUUUAGUAGGAACAGUUGUGACCUGUAGGAUGGGAUAAACAUUCUUAUGGGUACCACGGUGACGAUGGGCACUCCUUCUGUUCCUCGGGGACGGGGCAGCCCUACGGCCCCACCUUCACCACUGGAGACGUGAUCGGCUGCUGUGUCAACCUCAUCAACAAUACCUGCUUCUACACGAAAAAUGGCCACAGUCUAGAUCCAUCAGGAGCACUGUAUAAGAACUGUUUUCUUGGCCAUCACAAAUUCUGGAUGUUCUGGUUGGAGCUAAGUCUUGAACUUUGUUUGGAGACGUCACAUGAAAACUGUUUGACAUCGUAUAGCCUUUACAGACCUCCCUUCAAAUCUCUACCCCACAGUGGGUCUCCAGACUCCAGGAGAGAUCGUGGAUGCCAACUUUGGGCAGCAGCCCUUUGUGUUCGACAUCGAGGACUACAUGAGGGAGUGGCGGGCGAAGAUCCAGAGCACCAUUAAGCGGUUUCCCAUAGGAGACAGGCUGGGCGAGUGGCAAGCCAUGCUGCAGAAUAUGGUUUCAUCAUAUUUGGUUCAUCAUGGGUACUGUUCCACAGCAACUGCCUUUGCCAGAGUCACAGACACCACAAUCCAGGAAGAACAGACCUCAAUAAAGAAUAGACAAAGAAUACAGAAGCUAGUAUUAGCAGGCAGAGUGGGAGAGGCUAUAGAAGCCACCCAGCAGCUCUAUCCUGGCCUCCUAGAACAUAACCCCAACCUGCUCUUCAUGUUAAAGUGUCGGCAGUUCGUGGAGAUGGUGAACGGCACGGACAGCGAAGUGCGUUGUUUCAGUGCCCGCAGCCCCCGAUCCCAGGACAGCUACCCCGGGUCCCCCAGCCUCAGUCCGAGACACGGAUCAAGCAACUCCCACAUUCACAGUACCGGAGCAGAUAGUCCAACCUGUAGCAAUGGAGUCAUGUCCACAAAAAGCAAACAGAGUCACAGUAAAUACCCAGCACUGAGUUCAUCAUCUUCAUCUUCCUCCUCCUCUUCCCCCUCAUCUGUGAACUACUCUGAGUCCAAUUCUACAGAUUCUACCAAAUCUCAGCAGCACAGUAGUACGAGUAAUCAAGAAACCAGUGACAGCGAGAUGGAAAUGGAGGCUGAGCAUUAUCCCAACGGAGUCCUGGAAAAUUCAUCCACCAGGAUAAUGAAUGGCACCUACAAACAUGAAGAGAUCCUGCAGACGGAUGAGUCCAGCAUGGAAGACAGCUGUCCCCAGAGGCAGCUCUGUGGAGGGAACCACGCUGCCACCGAGAGAAUGAUCCAGUUUGGGCGGGAGCUGCAGAUCCUGAGCGAACAGCUUUGCAGAGAAUAUGGGAAGAACACCGUGCACAAAAAGAUGCUUCAGGACGCCUUUAGCUUGUUAGCUUACUCAGACCCUUGGAACUGCCCCGUUGGCCAACAGCUGGACCCGAUCCAGAGGGAACCUGUGUGUGCUGCUCUCAAUAGUGCUAUAUUGGAAUCUCAGAACCUGCCAAAGCAGCCCCCGCUGAUGCUUGCCCUGGGCCAGGCCUCGGAGUGUUUGCGGCUCAUGGCUCGUGUGGGCUUGGGCUCCUGCUCCUUUGCCAGAGUAGAUGACUAUUUGCACUAACACAGAGCAAGAUGGAGUUGACAUCGUUGAGUGCUGCCCUUCACCCUCCGUUGCUGCCACUCUGCACCACCACCUCGUUUGAUAGCCUGACCUCCCUGCCACCGACACCCCCUCUAGCACACACAAACACUGCCUGUGAAAGGACUGAGUGAGUCCCCUCACUGUGUGGCUAUUCCUGACCCCAGGAACGACCGGCAGAUCUCACCUGUCUCCCUGCCAUUGCUGCGGCUCCAGCAGCACUCAGUAUUUCGCUGGUUAUUCUAAUGUAGCGCCUUCUGAUGUAGGGAUUUCUCUUUGUUUUGAUUUGAGUUGUUUCUCAUGGUUCCACCGAUAUUUUAUCUGGAGAGUUUUGCUGAGCUGGUUUAUGCUGAUUUACUGAGGAAGCUGAUCAAGUUGGUGACAGCUUGUUCUUUUCUUCCCUCCUCCCUCCAUCGUGCACAUACAGCAUCAUCUUCUGUGCUAGUUAUCUGAACUCUUCUCACAGUGGCAGUUCAGAGGGAUUUUUUUUUAUUUUAUUUUAUUUGAAUCAUGUUUAUUAAAAAGGUCUCUUCCACCUCCACAAAGUCACUGAUGUAUUUAUUGCCCACAGACUCGGUCCCAGACAUACACAUCGUACAACCCCGCAGGAGACCUGGUGAGGUAGGUCCUGUCACACACUAAUGGUGGGAGUUGGAGGAGCCUGGUCCUUCAUGGUGCCUCUCUUAAGAGCCCAAGGCUCUCGAAUUUGGCUUUGUGAGUGGGAAGAGUAGAAGACUUGACGUUGCCUUGUGUUAGUGGUUGUGCUGUAGAAGUGUCUCACAACCCUGAGAAAUAGUUAAAUCCAGCUCUCCUGGCAGCUGGAGGGACAGGACUGGUGAAUAUGAAAUCAUCUGCCACUGCAUGUGUAGAAGCAGGUUGUGUGAGCCUGCCAGAAACAUCCAUGGGUGCUGCCCCGUUGGGCCAACAGUUUUUUGUUAAAUUAACAAAUCCUCCUUUAUCUCCAUGUAGGAGGGCUCUGGCACUAAGACUCAGUAAUAACAGUAUUUCCUGCCCCCAUGUCCCCAUAACACUGAUCUAGAUGAGCGUCUCUGAAUUUUGGAAGUGUCUUGAGAAGCCUGGGCUGAGCUGUGCUCACCCUCUCAGGUGGGACAUGCCGACAUCAGCUUGUGGGUUGGGGUCAGUACCAGCUUUGCCAGGCCUGGGCCAUUCAGGAGAGAGCAGCAAUGUUUCUUUAAGGAUUACUAAGAUAAUUACUGAAGUUUCAGGCCCAAAGGAGACCAGCAGAGAUCUGUGGGUGAGUAACCUCCAAGUAAGAUGGACUGACGUGUCUGUGCUGUGGUGUCAGGCCCAGGGACUCGAGUGAUACGGAGCAUUUAAAGCACCUGUUUGUGUUUCUGAGUGUGUACUGUUACCUGGUGAGGCUGUGGGCAGCACCAGCAUGUGCUUUGCAUCCUCUGCUGUACCAUUUAGAGAUGGCAGGUUCAGCCUGGCUGCGUGGCAGGAGUUGCAGUUCUGCACCAAAUGAAUUUUAGGUCAGCAGCUCUGGGGAGGACCCAGGGGAGCUCAAAAUGAACAUGACUUUUACUGCUGUUCACCAAUUCUACUUUUUUUUUUUUUGAAGGUUCAGUGAAAGAUGAACAGGUUGGGAUGAGGUUUGCCCUUAAAAUAGAGGUUAGCCUGUGCCAGGAAUUGAAGCAACAAGAGAGCCUGUGUGCCACUGAGAAGGGAAAGUGGUGUGUGACCUCUGAGCUAGGCUGGGUUUGCAGCUGGCACGUGAGGUCUGAAAUCCAGGCAGGGCAGGGGUCGGGUGUCUCCUGCACUGCAGAAGAUGACUGUGGCAGGGAAUGUGCAGAUGGUGUUGGAGGUGGUUGGGAAUGCUAUCCCUACCUUUUGAUGAAGGUGUACAGUGUGUAGAGGCAGUGCUAGAGCCAUGGUGGCCUAAGAAAACAGUCAGCUGGAGGUCUGGAGAUGGAGGAGAUAUUUCGAUCAGAUUAACUCGUGUAGCUGAAAAAAACAGAGGGAACUCUGCCUACCACAGGCUUUUCCUAGGGAGACAGAGGCAGAGGGCUGCACUAAGCAGAAGGAAUUUAACUUGGAAAUCUGGGGCUUCUUGUCAGUUCUGGGAGACGCCUGAUGUGCCUGAAAGCUCACCUGUUGAUGUUCAGCUCUCCUCAUUGGCCUGCAGAUGGAUAUUGCCCCAGCCUGCAGUCCUUGCCUUGCUGCAAGUGCAGAGAUAACUCAGUGGACGGGUUUCCUUUCUGAAGCCUCUGAUCCCAAAUGUGCCAGGGCUGCCUGUCCCAGCCCACUGGGCCCCAGAGCCUGAGGCAGCUUGUGAACUUGGCCUGGUGAGAUUCUCCUGCAGGCUCUUCAUUCCUUAGACCCAGGCUUAGGGCACACUGCUGGGCUGAUUGUGGGUGCUGAGGUUGGAAAAACUCAGUACCUGGCUUUGCCUUUCACGUUUGGCAACAUCCUCUGCUGUUGGUCCCUGUUUAGCUUGCAGCAGUCUGGCUGCAAUCAGACUUCUCAUCUUUGUAGCAACACUAUCUCUUUCUGAGGUUUCUGAGUUCCUUCUCUUUGUGGUUUCUUUAAGCCAAGACUUUUCAUCUUGCGUCAUAGUAAUGCCCCACUUGGUUUCCCAGCAAAGCUGUGCUGACUGUCCUAGAGCAUCUUUUUUUUUUUGGUUUCCCUUUCACUGUUAAAAAAAAAGCCCCAAAACAAGAGAUGUUCCUAGAUAUCUGGUUAUUCUGGUACCAGGAAAUGCGUGAUGAAUGUUACUUGGGUUUUUUUCAUUUAUUUCAAGUGGUCUGGUGGUUUCACUACUGAUUUCUGCUUAUUUUGCUCAGAUUCUGACUAACGUGGCCAUGACUCAGUAUGGAGAAGAUCAGCAUUGUUUGCAGUGUGUGGUGGGGUGUAGGCCUUCACCUACCCCUGAUUCCUAGGUGGGAUUUCUGGCUUGCUUUUCCCAGGUUGUAUUUCAAAGCCUGUUGCCUUUGAAUCUCCCUGGCUGCUCUUUGAUGGUUCAUGCUGGCUGAAACAUGAUUUUUGCAGUAAUUUUAAAAAGCAGAACUAAAGUCAAUUGGGAUUUUCAGCUUUGAACAUGGCUGUCCACCUGAACAGAGGCUACAUGCAGUUCAAAAGUACUUCUAUAAAAGUUGGGAUUUGUUAUUCCAAGUACCUCAGGCAACCUGGUCACUGCUCCCAGGAGAAACCUCUUCCAGCUCUGCUGUGGCUGCGCAUUCGGAGAGUCUCAGCUCUCCCCUGAUCAGUCCAGAGGCACCACCCAGAGUGAUCUGUAGAGUGGCAAACACACUCUGGGCACCAGCCAUUCCACCUGCCUUCCUCAAACUCAGCACUGCAGUGAGGGCCUCUCAGAAGGAUAACAUUUCACAGGGACCUAGUGAAAACUUGUUUUCCAGGGUGGUGAACAGCAGCCCUGCACAUCCUGGGCUUUGGGUCUGAGCCUAAUGCCCUGACUGUUAAGUGGCCUUUUGAGAACAUUUUGGGAAUUCCAGACCUGGAGCCUUGGUUAAAGUGUCCUUCAGGGGUUCUGUGGAGACGUCUUCAUGGAGCUGAAUUGCAUCACCAGGCUUUUCUCCCUGUGGAGAAGGGUUCAUGCUCUUCUCCCAGAGCAGCAAGAGAGAGCAUCAAGAAUGCAUUGGAAGAACUUUGGAGUGAGGUGCACUGGAGUGUUUGGGAUAAAGGUUUCUGGGAGGUGUAUCCACCUCAUACACAUAGUAGUCCAGCCUGUGAGCAUCUUAGUGGCCUGUGCUGGAUGCAUUUGAGUUUGUAGACAUCCCUCCUGUACCAGGGGAGCCAAAUCUUGUUUCUCUUGGCUCGUGUUCCCCUUGGAACCAUCUCGUUCCAGAUGAUUCUUCUGGAUGUUCCAUGAGCCUACCCUAGCAGGUAUUUAACAAAAGCUAAUUCAAGACUUAGAAGGUUGAAUGAGGUCUCAGAUGAGCCCUCUCAUGAGUAGGGAGGUCUGUUUCCCCUGCAUCCUUCAAUGUGCUCUCAGAGCCAGCUUGUUUUGGGAAAACUUCUUGCUGCUACCAGCUCUCCCUUUUUGCUUGUCUGCCUCCCACAGUCCCAGUAUUCUCCCAGCUUCAUGACCACCAAUAGUGGUAUCUGCCUGCUGGGUGCUGUGGGAGCUGCUCCAAACCAGGGGCCAGCUCUGUGGCUCGUGUCUGUGUCGAGCACAGGCAUGGCAACACCAACUGCCCUUCCCAGGCUUGCUGUGCCACGCUGGCCUAAAGGGGCAGAUCUGGGCACAACAGUCCCUUUUUGUCACCAUACAGGAUCCCAUCAGCCUGCAGCUGGUCUGGCUGCAGCAAUUCUGCUGUUCUUCUGGAGUCUGGUUAGGAACUGAGCCCUUGUGUGCAGGGAGCAGAAUGGAGAGGGACUCCCAAGUGAAGCACUGCACAAUAUGCAGCAUCCAGCUGUUGAGGGGAGGUUGUCUGGUGGCUGCUCUCCCUCCCCUCCAUCCCCCUGUGAGUACCAGAGCUGGAACUCGUUGCCCUGGGACAUAUAAAAGAUGUGUUGGUUAUGGGUGCUACAGCUUGUUGCUAUUUCCAGCGUCCUGGUUGUUCUCACUGUGCUGCUGCCAACUGGGUUUGGACACUGGGAGAUGGAGCUGUGACUGGGGUGGAAGAUGGGCCCCUCCAGGAGUAUCAUUCCUCAUGGUUACCUUCACCUAGGAUCUUUCCAUAUGCUUCCUUUUUCCUUCUGGUUUUUCACAGUGACAUCUCAACCUGUCCUCAAGCUUUGUCCUUGUUUGUCACGUUUUAUUAAGGCAUCUUUACCAUUCUUUAAAUAGCUUUGUUCUUGAGUCUCCCUUGAACAACUGGAGCAACCAGAGCUGCUGGAACUAGUUCUGGGGAUUGAGUAUGUAAUUUUCCACCUUGGGCAUCAGGGAUGAUGAACCAUCUCCUCCUUCAGCAAAGCAAACCAGGUUGGAUUGCUGCUGUGCUUUGGUACCUGUCUGUGUUAAUACAUAGCAACUGUUGUUUAGAUGCAAGUUUCAGAGUUUCUUCUGCCUUUGUGGGGUUGAUUGAGAAGGUGAACCUUGGCAGUCAGGCUGUAGAGCAGCCUGUAAAUGCUGUGAAGCUGUGUGGGGCACCAGACAGGAUUGGGAAGCUCUUCCCAUGAAGAAGCAGAGUGCAGACUUGAACUGCCCCACGGGCAGCAGAUGGAGAGAGGGGUCCAUCAUGCUUCAGUCCUGGGUGCAGUGAGGCCCCGUGGAGCUGGUCACAGCCUGAGAGAAGGAACACCUUGAAAAGGCCCUGGUCCACCCAGGAGUCCCCUUUGCAGAAGGAGCAACUUCCCACUCUGCCAGUGUGAGAGCAGCCUGAGUGGUGGGUUGGGGAGGCAGUAGGUCUGUUGUAGAGAGCUAGUGUUGGGUCUCCAGCUGUACACGUCUGUCCCAAGGUGUUUCUGCAGAAAGACUUGGGAAGGACAUGCCAGGAAUGAGGAAUGAGUGAUGGAGGGAACUGCAGUCCAGCAGUUCUUACUCAAGAGACAGAGGUGGCUGUGAGCCUUGUCACAUCGGCUGUUUAGGGCAGAGAGCUGGAGGAAGUGUUGCCAGGGAGCUGGGAGGAGCUACAGCAGAUUUGAGAGAAAAAGGGAGCAGUUGAGAACCUGGAGGCCUCUUUCAUGGGCAGCACUGGCUGCUCUCCACCAUCCUUCCUGCAACAAGAGGUGGCAGGUGAUGGAUGGCUGGUCGGGGCAUGUCUGUCCCUCUCCCCACGUCCCACAGAGCUCAGAGCCUGCAGCUUGAGCUGUAGCAGUGCCCAGCAAGCCAGGGCAUCAUCCAGACUUGAGGAGCACGUGUCCUGCCGGCUGUUUUCUUUCCAGGAGGGAGGCUUAACUCUCUCCUGCUUGCAGGAAGCCCUCGAGUCCCAUGAGGGAUUUACACUCACAUCACCACAGAAGGAUUCCUGGAGGUCAUGCAAGCCUCUGCUCCUUGCUCCAUAUCCCCUGGCCAGGCAGACCCUGGUCACUCCAUUUGGGUCGAGGCACUUGCUCAGACCUCUUUUGCUUGGGAGGACCUCAGCUGCACCCUUCCUCCAGAAGGGAGCACAGAGGGGUUUUCGCAGGCUGGGCUUCCACACUUGGCUCAAACUUGGAGAAAGGAGAAACAGCAGCAGCUCUGGGGAUACUCCAGAUUUUAAAGAAAAUUCGAAAAAUACAAUUAUGGUGAAUUCCAGACCAAGGACUCUGCACAGGGCUUGGCUUGGGAUUGUCUCUCGGUCCCGCCUGUGCACGCUCUUCACGGCUCUGCAGCCGGGGGAGGCAGGAGGAGGCUGCCAGCACCUGAAGCUCUGGCACGCAGCAGGGCAAGCCCCAGGACCUGCCCACCACGCAGUGAACUCCUCUCCUGCUGGUUGCUCAAAACUCAGGUAUGAAAUGCUCGGCUGGAGCAGGGGGUGCAAGGUCUCUGCAGGUUUCCCACCAGCCCCGGAGGAGCGGCCGGUGCCGGGCAGAUCUCCCUGUGCCACUCCAGGCUUCUCAUCGCCUUCGGAAGGGAGUUCCUCCUCUUUGGUACAACAUUGGCUAAAUGGACAUUACACAAACUGUGCACAUUGGUUCAGUCUAAGCUUAGUAUUUGUGAAUUAAGUUAUCUGACGCUUCGCAUGAAAACUUCGAAAAGGGGAUUGGGGGGGGAUUUUAACUGAGAAAAAGCCUAUGAAAAUAUACUGGAAAUAUGGUAAAAAAAUCGACAUUCUGCUGUAUAUUGACAGAAUUAUUUUUAUUAAAAUACACAUCCAUGUGCAA